CAGGUAGCCUGUUGUUGUAGAUGCUAUAACUGGAGUACUCUCAAUUCAAGCUCAUAUUCUAGGCCAGCCUUUGUCUGAUUUGAUGUGGAAGACUUUAUUUUGGGGUUAACCUGACUAGAAAGUACUUCAUCAAUUGUUUUGUAUCCCGGCAACCUGUUCUCUCAAGGACUUGUCUACAGGUGAUAAACAUGGAGGUGAUGAAUGAGACAUGCACAGAUGCAUAUGAUUAUUAUGACAACCCAGAAGACUGCACUAAAGAUUAUCCAGAUGAUAACGAAUAUAUCUGUAACCUGAAUCCCAACCGUGAUAUGGAGAUAGUCAUACAGACCUUCGUCCAUUCCAUCAUCUGUGCAUUCGGUCUCUGCGGCAAUGCAUUGGUGAUAGUCACAUAUGCCUUCUACAAGAAAGCCAAGACCAUGACGGACGUGUACCUUCUGAACGUGGCGGUGGCAGACCUGCUGUUCAUCGUGGCCCUGCCUCUCAUCAUUUACAAUGAGCAGCAUUACUGGAGCAUGGGCUCAGUGGCCUGCAAGGUUUUGCGAGGAGCCUACAGCAUCAACCUGUACAGUGGCAUGCUCCUGCUGGCCUGCAUCAGUGGAGACCGCUACAUCUCCAUCGUCCAGGCCAGGCGCUACUUUGGCCUCCACUCCCGGACCCUGAUCUACAGCCGCCUAAUCUGCACAGCCAUCUGGGCUCUGGCCAUAGCCCUGUCCGUCCCCACAGUCAUCUACAACGAGCGGGUUGAGGAGACCAUCUGGCCGGAAGAGACUAUAACCGUGUGCCAGGCGCAGUUUGAAAGUAACAGGACUGCCCGGUUGAUUAAGGUGCUGGUGCCUAGCCUGCAGGUGGCCAUGGGGUUCUUCCUGCCCCUCCUGGUCAUGGUCCUCUGCUAUGCCAGCAUCGUCUGGACCCUACUGAGGGCCCAAAGCAACCAGAGACAGAAGGCGGUGCGUGUGGUCCUAGCCGUGGUGGUGGUCUUCAUCGUGUGCCACCUGCCCUACAACGUGGCACUGCUCUAUCAUACGGUGGCGCUGUUCCAGCAAAGGGAGUGUGAGGUAGAGAAGGUCAUCCUCACCACCCUCACCAUCACCAGGAGCCUGGCCUACCUCCACUGCUGCCUCAACCCCAUCCUGUACGCCUUCAUCGGGGUCAAGUUCAGGAGCCACUUCAGGAAGAUCCUGGAGGACCUGUGGUGCCUGGGCAGGAAGUACAUCUACCCCUCUAGACGCUCCUCACGCAUGACCUCUAACCUCUAUAUCCCAGCACACAAGUCCACCAACGGAUCCAACAAAUCCAACGAGAAUGGCUCGUCGUUUACCAUGUGAAGAUGGGAGUAGGUAGAGAUUGCCUCCAAUUACUAUGGGUGAUGAUAACAUAGUUAGUCAGGAAAUCCAGUGGUGAGUAUUUGUUUGCUACUGUAGCUACAUAAUUUCCUACAGUAUUUGCUGUAUUAGUCCAAAUGAAUGCUCAUCGCUACUGUAUAUUGAAAUUGCUCUAAUUACAGAAAAUUGCUUACGGUUGUGAGUGUGACUAAA